GCGGGGCCGAAACCAGCCGAACCCAACCGAGCGGAGCCGAACCCGACCGAACCCGGCCGAGCGGAGCCGAACCCGGCCGAGCGGAGCCGAACCCGGCCGAGCGGAGCCGAGCGGGGGCAGGGGAGGAGCGUUCAACGCAGGCCUCGGAAGGAUGAGUUUUUGUGUCCAGAUUCCUGCUUCUGCUCCGUAACCAAUGGACAGGGGCUGCUCUUAUAAAGCCCCCAGUGGGACUUUUGCUCCCCUGGAAGCCGAUUCCCUGUCAAGCAGGAAGUUUGGAACUCGCUGCGGAGGAGAAAAUGGGAAGAUGGUUUCCGGCAUCGUCCUUACACCUUCGACCGUUCUGGAUCUGAGUAAAAAAAGCCUUCAACACCUGUGCGAUGAUAUUUUUAAAGUCCCCAACCUGAAACAACUGCAUCUGCAAGGAAAUGCACUGUGCAUAAUUCCUAAAGAUUUUUUUCAACUGCUCCCAAAUCUUGUUUGGCUGGAUCUCCGGAAUAAUAAAAUUAAACAUCUUCCUUCUGGAAUCGGAACGCACAAGUUUUUGCAAACUUUACUUUUAGAAAGGAACCCCAUUAAAACGUUGCCUGUGGAGCUGGGUAACUUGACAUCUCUGAAAGCUUUGAAUUUAAGGUACUGUCCUUUGGAAUUCCCCCCAAUGAAUAUAGUGGAGAAGGGGCUCCUGGCUAUCCUGGCCUAUCUCCGCCAAUGGGAUCAGGAGAAGUGCACAUCUUUGAGCUCGGCUUCCCAAGACAAAAUCCAUUUUUCAACCGAUGAAAUAACGGAGCUCCUGAAAUCCGGUCUAGACUUGUCCCAAGAGAGGGCUAAUAAAGAGGGAGAUACAAGAUUUCAGAAACGGAAUGACAAAGUCACCUCAAAAGAGAAGGAAGAUUUUUUUCCCGUCGUGGAAAAACUGAAUUUAGCCGAGCUCCCAGAAUCUAGUUUGGAUUUGUCGGAAGAGUGGCCCAGUGAAGAGGAAAUAAUACGAUUUAAGAAGCUGAAGCAAGAAAUGAUUCAAGUUGAAAGAGAAUUUCUCGAUAAGCAGCGGUUGCCCAUUGACCCUACUUCAAGACUGGAAAUAACUUUAAAGAGAAAUCAUGGUAAAGAAAAGGCUAAAAAAGCAAAGCCUUUUUCCAGAAGGAAAAAAUCCACGCGGAAGAACACCUUCCCUGAACUGUCAUCGUACGAGGCCGUGAUUCAGGCGAAGAGAACCGAAGAGAGCAGGUUAGCAGCCUACAAGGAGCUGAAGGAGAAACAAGCUCUACUAGAACAGCGAAGAAGAGAUCAAAGAAUUCUCCAGGAAUGGCGGGAUCGAGCCAAACUGAUGAAGAUGCAGAGGGAAGAGCUGAGCAGGCUUCAGCCUCUGCAGAAAGACACGGCAGCUGCCAGAGCCCCCUACGCCACUGAUAUCGGGAGCGGUGAGGAGAAGGCGAUCCAGCUAUCUGGAAAGAAGCACCUACUGCGAGGAAUGGUGAUGGGAAAAUCAGUACAGGAAACAGAAGAGGCCAGAGCGGUCAGAGAUCGGGAAUUGGCGCAACGAAUCCACAACCACAUCCGGAUGAUGCAGGAACGAAGAGAUAAAACGAGAGGGACCCCCAAAGAGGAAAUGGAGAAAGCCAGACAAGCCCUAGAAUAUGCCAACAAGCUUCAGGUGGAAGUCGCCCAGAGUGCCCAGAACUGCCAUCUGGAGAAGGAGUAUCGGUUCACAGCCUACACGGGAGACCCCAGCCAUGACUCAACCCCCCGAUCGCAGCCUCGCAAUAUAUUUUUGAACAUGAAAUUUUAAGUUCCGGCCGUCACCGGGGCCGAUAGCCGUGUCCUCCCUGUUUCCUUCCGGUGUCUUGUUGGUUUAACGCCUGACGAUGGGCAGAAACCGGACCGAUAAUAAAACCAUUCCACAUCCAACCCGCA